UCUUCGAUUUCUCUCUCUCUCUCUGAUUUUCGACCUUUCCUUUCUCUAGAUCGAAAGGGCGGUUUCAAUUCUCCUCAAUUCCAACGAUCGGAGCUGGAGUUGGAUCGAUUUAUUUUGAAAUCGGACGCCUUUAGAUUGGAAUUCGAUUGUGAAAUCUGUAUUUAGGGUUUUGAUACUGUUGGUGAAUGGUGGAAGGUAGGGCUUUGAGGUGGAUCUAGGGGUUAAAAUUGAUGUAAGGACGUAGAGGUGGGGUUGGGUUUUGGAAUCAAGGAGAGGGGAUUGAUGGUGCUCCAGGGCGAAAAUGCAAGGCUAUGCAUGGGCGGGCUUGUGAGGAGAGCAAAAGGGGCCGGCACAUGUGGACAGAACCCAACCGUGGUAAUUCGGUUGUAGCUGGUGAUGUUUCAUCGUCUUCUUCUUCGUUGUCUCCAGUUAAUUCGUUUUGCAAGGACGGACGCAAGAUCAACGUAGGGGAUUGUGCUCUUUUCAAACCAUCACAGGACUCUCCGCCUUUCAUUGGAAUUAUUCGUUGGUUUACUACUGGCAAAGAGAAUGAGUUAAAGUUAUGUGUUAAUUGGCUUUAUCGACCUUCUGAAGUAAAGCUUGGCAAAGGCAUCCUAUUGGAAGCUGCGCCAAACGAAGUAUUUUAUUCCUUUCACAAGGAUGAGAUUCCUGCUGCAUCAUUACUCCAUCCGUGUAAAGUUGCAUUCCUUGCUAAAGGUGUUGAACUUCCAUCAGGGAUUUGCUCUUUUGUGUGCCGGCGAGUUUACGACAUUACAAACAAGUGUUUAUGGUGGCUAACUGAUCAAGAUUAUAUUAAUGAACGACAAGAAGAAGUAGAUCAGCUAUUGUAUAGGACAAGCAUAGAAAUGCAUGCAACAGUGCAGCCAGGGGGGCGUUCUCCAAAGGCAAUGAAUGGUCCAAUGUCGACAUCACAGUUAAAACCUGGUUCAGAUAGUGUACACAACAGUGCCUCAUCCUUUCCUUCUCAAGUUAAGGGAAAGAAACGGGAGCGAGGAGAUCAGGGCUCUGAGCCUGUUAAACGAGAACGAUCUUCAAAAAUGGAUGAUGGUGAUCCUGGUCAUUCUAGACCAGAAAGCAUUUGGAAAUCUGAGAUUGCUACAUUUACAGAAAAAGGGGGGCUGGUAGAUUUUGAAGGUGUUGAGAAAUUGGUGCAGCUCAUGUUGCCCGAAAAAAAUGAGAAAAGGAUAGAUUUGGUUGGCCGAUCUAUACUGGCUGGUGUGAUAGCAGCCACAGAAAAGUUUGAUUGCCUCAAUCUAUUCGUGCAGCUUAGGGGCUUGCCUGUAUUGGAUGAAUGGUUGCAGGAGGUGCAUAAAGGGAAGAUUGGUGAUGGUAGUAGUCCUAAGGAUAGUGAUAAAUCUAUCGAGGUAUUUCUCUUAGUUUUACUUCGGGCACUUGACAAACUCCCUGUCAAUCUUCAUGCUUUACAAAUGUGUAAUAUUGGUAAGUCAGUGAAUCAUCUGCGUACACAUAAGAACUUGGAAAUUCAAAAGAAAGCAAGAACUCUAGUUGAUACAUGGAAGAAACGUGUUGAGGCUGAAAUGGAUGCAAAGUCUGGUUCUAACCAGGCUGUCUCAUGGGCUGCGAGAUCACGUCUUCCAGAAGUUUCGCAUGGUGGGAACAGACAUUUAGGUGCAUCCUCUGAUGUUGCAAUGAAGAGUUCACCUGCCCAAGUUUCUGCAUCAAAAAAUGCUCCAGUCAAGCUUGUCCCAGGGGAGACUACAGCCAAGUCUGCAUCUGCAUCUCCAGGUUCCAUGAAAUCAGCACCAUCUUCUGCAUCAGUGGGUAAUAACUUAAAAGAAGGUCAAGCAAGAAAUACUGGUGUUAGUGGUGGCUCUGAUCCUCCAUUAACAGCUGCUGGAGAUGAGAAAAGCAGCAGUUCUAGUCAGUCCCACAACAACAGUCAAUCUUGUUCCAGUGACCAUGCCAAAGCUGGGGGGCAUUCAGUGAAGGAGGAUGCAAGGAGCUCUACUGCUGUUUCAAUGUCUGCAAAUAAGAUCAUUGGGAGUUCUUCUCGGUAUCGAAAAUCGAUGAAUGGCUUUCCUGGGCCAACUUCAUCUGGGGUUCAAAAGGAAACUGGGUCGAGCAGGAAUUCUUCCUUGCGCAGAAGUCCGGGUUCAGAAAAAGUACCACAGUCCAGUUUGACCUGUGAGAAGAUGGUUGAUGUCCCUGUGGCAGAGGGGAAUAAUCACAAAUUGAUUGUUAAACUGUCCAAUAGAGGUCGCAGUCCUGCAAGAACUGCCAGUGGAGGAUCAUUGGAGGACCCUUCAGUCAUGAAUAGCAGGGCUUCUUCUCCUGUGCUUUCUGAGAAGCAUGACCAGUUUGAUCGUAAUGUGAAGGAAAAGAGUGAUGUUUAUCGAGCAAAUACUAUUGCUGAUGUAAAGACUGAGUCAUGGCAAAGCAAUGAUUUCAAAGAGGUGCUUACUGGGUCUGACGAGGGAGAUGGUUCUCCUGCUGCUGUUCCUGAUGAAGAUAACUGUCGAACCUGUGAUGAAACGAGGAAAUUAGCUGAAGUUUCUAAAGCUGCUUCCUCAUCAUCUGGAAAUGAACAUAAAUCUGGGAAGUUGCACGAGGGUUCUUUCAGCUCCAUAAAUGCUUUGAUUGAAAGUUGUGUCAAGUACUCUGAAGUAAAUGCAUCAUUGGAUGUUGGGGACGAGGUUGGAAUGAACCUGCUUGCUGCUGUGGCUGCUGGUGAGAUGUCCAAAUCAGAUGUGGCUUCACCAUCUCAUUCUCCACAAAGAAAUGUUACUGUUGCUGAGCACUCUUGCAUAAGCACUGAUUCAAAAAUAAAACCAUAUUCAAGUGAUAAGCUUAUGCCAGACCAAGGUCAGUCUGUUGAUGAUGAGCAUGAGAAACGGAGUAUCGUUGCCAGUAAUGCACUGGCUAAGAACACAGAAGUUAAAACAGAAGUUAAACCCAGUUCAUUGUCAGAAGGAAAACCGACAGGGGAUGUCAAUACACAUUUAAAUUCUUCCAGUAUGGAUUCACAGCAAGUUGCAGAACCCUGCGUAGAAAGCAAAGUGAAGUCAGAAGAGACAUUAAUAGGCACUUCAUCAGCUGUGCCUUCUGGAAGCUUGGCAGAGAAGACAUCAAAUGGUGGUGGGAUAGAAACAUGGCAGGAAAAGGCACACGGCAAUUCAAAUGCAGGUGGCCUCUCUGAUGCUAAAGAAGACUUAUGCAAUUCUUUUGUAACAGAGGAUAAGUUCAAUGUUUCAGGAGUGGUUGGUACUGAAGCUGUUGUAGAAUCUUGUCCUUAUCCAUCUUUGGAGAUUGACAGUGAGAACAAGCAAAACUUGAAUAAUGAGUUGAACGUUGCUUGCCAGGCAGGCCAGAAACCACUUGUAGUGAUGCAUUCUGAGUGCACAAAAGGAAGUGCUGGGCGAGUGCUGCAUCCUUCUGAUUCUAGCAAGGACAUUAUUUCUGAAAAUGUUGGUGAAGCGAAGGCUGAAAAGGCUGAUGAAAUGGACACAAGGAGUCCAAAACAAAAAACUGAAGAGGAAAGUAAUAUUGGUUCUGCUGUUACUGAUCAGAAGGGUGAUUGCAUGGAGAGUCUAGAAGGUAAUCAGUGUAAUGAACAACAUAGUGGCGUCCCAAUGCCUCUUCACAAGUUGUCACCCACAGUUGUACAGGAACCUGAACUGCAAGCAAGGUCCAGAGGAUCAAAGUUGUCUGGCAUUGAAGUUGAUGAAACUGAGGAAUGUACAUCUGCUACUGCAGAUGCUGUUCCUUCAUCUGCUGCAGGGGAGUCAGAUAAGGAAGCAAAAGUGGAAUUUGAUCUGAAUGAAGGCUUUAGUGGUGAUGAUGGGAGAUCUGGGGAACCAAAUAACUUGAGAGCACCUGAAUGUUCUAAUGCUGUUCAAUUAAUUAGCCCUUUGCCUUUACCUGUUUCUUCUGGUUCUAGUGCUCUUCCUGCUUCGAUUACGGUAGCUUCUGCUGCAAAAAGGCCCUUUGUUCCCCCUGAGGAUUUACUUAGGAAUAGGGGAGAACUUGGUUGGAAGGGAUCAGCAGCCACAAGUGCAUUUCGGCCAGCUGAACCUAGAAAAGCAUUGGAGACAGUGGUAAGUGUGACUAGUAUAUCUCUUCCUGAUGCGCCUUCUGCCAAGCCCAGUCGUCCUCCUUUAGAUAUCGACUUGAAUGUUCCCGAUGAAAGAAUCCUUGAGGAUAUGGCUUCUCGAAGUACUGCUCAGGGUACAGGUUCUAUAGCUGACCUGGCCAGUAAUCAUGAUCUUGCACAUGAUGAAACACUGGGUUCCGCACCUGUUCGUAACUCUGGCGGACUUGAUCUUGAUUUGAAUAGAGUGGAUGAGCCCACUGAUAUCAGUAAUCAGUUAAUAAGCAACGGUCAUAGGCUGGAUGUGCAGCUUCAGCCGACCAAAUCAUCUUCAGGUGGUAUUCUUAAUGGAGAGGUGAGUGUCCGUAGGGACUUUGAUUUGAAUGAUGGGCCCCUUGUUGAUGAGAUGAGUGUGGAACCAAAUGUCCAGCAAACCAGGAGCAGUGCACCAUCCCAACUGUCUGUUUCUGGCCUUAGGAUGAACAACACAGAAAUGGGAAACUUUUCUUCAUGGUUUCCACAGGGUAAUCCAUAUUCAGCUGUCACAAUCCAGUCCAACUUGCCUGAUAGAGGAGAGCAGCCUUUUCCAGUGGUCACACCUGGUGGUCCUCAAAGAAUGUUGGCACCGCCUAGUGGCAGCAACCCAUUUAGUGCUGAUGUUUAUAGGGGGUCAGUCCUGUCAUCUUCUCCAGCUGUGCCUUUUCCAUCUACACCUUUUCAGUAUGUCUUUCCUUUUGGAGCCAAUUUUCCUCUACCCUCAGCAACACUUUCAGGUGGUUCAACAACAUAUGUGGAUUCAUCAUCUGGCGGGAGGCUUUGCUUUCCUGCAAUUCAUUCUCAAGUAUUAGCACCUGCUGGUGCAGUCCCAUCUCAUUAUCCAAGACCUUUUGUUGUUAGCCUCCCGGAUAAUAACAAUAAUGGAAGCACCGAUAGCAGCAGGAAAUGGGGAAGGCAGGGGCUAGACCUCAAUGCAGGGCCUCUAGGUCCAGAAAUUGAAGGGAGAGAUGCAACAUCUUCUCUUGCAUCAAGACAAUUGUCUGUAGCCAGUUCACAGGCGUUUUCAGAGGAGCAGUCAAGGAUGUUUCAAGUUGCAGGAGGCAGUGUCUUGAAGAGGAAGGAGCCAGAUGGAGGGUGGGAAAGUUAUAAGCAAUCAUCAUGGCAAUAGCGAUACUCAAUGGCACCCUCCAGUCAUCCCUAAAGCCUGUGCACUAUCAGGAUGGUCAUCAAACUUGUGCUCUUUAAGGAUGGGUGGUAAGUGAGUUAUUUGAUGUUGAUCAGUCUCCGACCCCCCAACCUUUCACUGUGCCAAUUGUAUCUGAAAGGAAUCUUUUCAGGUCUUCCUGGUGGUAUUUCCUUGAAUUUGUACUAGGUGGCUGCAGUUCACUUUUUCCUUUGUAGAUAUUUUAACUGUUGGAAAGGGUGCAGUCUGUGUUGCCCAGACAUUCAAAAUUGGUUCCCAUACUGUUGUUCAGUGCAUCACAAUAUAUAUACUAUUGGACGCAAAACUAUUCUUUCUUUUCCAA